AUGGCGACCGAACAGCUCGCUGAAUGGAUACACAAUCUGAAUUACAGCGACCUACCAGACUCCGUGAUUGAAGCAGCAACCCGUUCAUUCCACAAUUCAUUGGGCUGUAUUAUUGGCGCAGCAGGCCAUGAAACAGUCCUGAAACUGAAUCGUAUGUACAGAUAUGAAGACCGACCAGCACAAUGCACUAUAUUUGGUCGAUCGCGAUUUGACGGAUUCCACCGGGAAACUACUAUCUCCAAUGCGAUAUCCAUCAACGGUGUUGCGUCUCACGUGAACGACUAUGACGAUACUCAUCUUCAAACAAUCAUUCAUCCCGCUGGCGCCAUCGUCGUCGCUCUUCUCGCGCAAACUGAGUCCUCGCCUGACUGGGCCUGUAAUGGUGAGGAAUUUAUCACUGCUGUCGUUGUCGGAAUCGAAACCUCUUUACGACUUGGUAAUGCCAUCUCGCCUAAUCACUACAGUGCAGGUUGGCAUAUAACAGGUACAGUAUCUCCCAUUGGUGUCGCAGCUGCAGUCUCAAAGCUUAUGCACUUAACCCUCGAGCAAAUUGUUUAUGCUCUGGGAAUUGCCAGUACACAACCUGUUGGACUACGAGUGCACUUCGGCACAGACACAAAAGCUCUUCAUGUCAGUCGUGCCGCACAAAGUGGUCUACAAGCCGUCGAGUUGGCACAAGGUGGGUUCACUGCAGCAGUCGACGCUCUCGAAGGACGGAGAGGCUGGGUUGAAGUCCUUGGGCAUGGCGCGAACAAUCUGAACGAACAGAUCAACCAGCUGAUGCGACUGACUGAGGAGGCGAGAAACGGCAAUCGGCAAAGUACCGAAAAAUGGGAGACCGAAAAGAACACCUUCAAGCCUUUCCCUUGUGGCAUCGUCAUCCACCCGAUCAUCGACGCUUGCAUACAGUUACACAACGAGCAAAAACUCAAGGAGAAACUUGCCACGAUCAGUUCUAUACAUCUACAAGUCCAUCCACUUGUCCUCGAUCUAACCGGAAAGAGAACACCACAAGACGACCUCGAAGCCAAAUUCAGCGUCUACCACGGUGCCGCCAUCGGCCUUCUAUUCGGAUCCGCAACGCCCGCUCAGUACAAAACCAAGGUCGUCCAAAGCCUACAAGUCAUUCAGAUACGUGACAGAGUAACAGCAGAAGCGAACGAGAAAAUUCGCAGCGACGAAGCAUUCGUGACAAUAAGAUUGACCACCGGUGAAGAGAUCACCAAGCACGUCGAGCACGCUGUUGGCAGUCAAGAUCGGCCGAUGACAGACGAAGAGCUCAGGGACAAAUUCAGGAAACAGGUCGAGCCAGUGCUUGAGGCUGAACAGGCGGCCUUGCUUGAACGGUUGGCGUGGGAAGUGAAUAAAUGCGGGGAUAUGUCUUUGAUUAUCGAUGCUGCGCAAUGA